CUCUGUUUGCUAUCAGUUCCAUUUAACCUGCUCAAAACUGCAAUUUGUGUGCAGUUGUUUAGUCUUCUAGUUUUAAUUAUUUUAUAAAUAAUAGUUAAGCUGGAUUGGUGCUAACACGUAUUCAAAUUCUUAUCACAAUAGGCGAUUGUGUAGUUUAUUUUUGUAUUAAUACUAAUACAGUGUAUAAAAUAAUAUAUUUUUUAUUGCGUCAGCGAAAAACUCGCUUAUCCAUUAAGUUUUUACUCUGAUGGCCGAAGGUGAAAUUGUAAAGCAUAAAAGCACAAAAAAUGCUGCUAAUUUAUGUAUAACCGCUUCCAAUAGCUCUAAUAUAAAUAACGCUAUAUUGGGUGAAAAUCUAAAGAAGAUUACAGCACUUUUCUUCGACUUGGACAACACACUAAUUCCCACGCGCUCGGGUGAUUUGAAAGCAGUCAAAAAGCUAAGUGAAGUGCUCGAAAAUCAGUUUGGCUUAUCGAAAGAGGAGUCUAGCAUUGCAACUCUGUCAUUUCUGAAAGCAUUUCGUCGCUGCCCAGACAACUCGCAAACAUCUCUUGAUUCCUGGCGCACUUAUUUAUGGCGUGAAGCUCUUCCACCUCGCUACAAACAUUUAGCUGAACAAAUUUAUCCAAAAUGGCUUCAACUUCGUUAUCGUUAUUUAGCUCUAUCUGCCGAUUAUAUACAAAUGUUGCGUCGUGCUCGCGAGGCCAAUUUCCUACUGGCCCUCAUUACCAAUGGACCAUCUAAUGCACAAUGGGAAAAAAUUAACAAGUUGCAUGUAAGUCAAUAUUUCGAUUGUAUGCUCGUGUCAUCAGAUUUACCAUGGGAGAAGCCGAAUCCGCAAAUAUUCUACGCUGCUUGCAACUUUCUUGGUGUCUCACCAUCGCAAUGUGCCAUGUUUGGCGACAAGCUCGAAUCGGACAUUAAGGGAGGCCGUUUAGCAGGACUGGGUGCCACUUUUUGGAUACCAUUGAAUCCAGGGGAGAUCGACUUGAACGAUGUUCCACAUAAACCAGAUUUUACUCUUAAGCAAUUGCUGGAUUUAUAUAAAUAUUUCCCGACACUAAACAACACUAGAAAUAUACGUAAUAACACAAAUAGUACCGCGACCAGCACAAGCGCACAAAGCAAUGCCGUUACUACAUCAUUACUAACACAUGGCAACAACGGUGCUUUAGCUGUUCUACCUCAAUAUCGUCGUAGAGGUAGUCAAAUUAGUCAUAGUCGUACCAUUAGUACCUGUUACAGUGAUCUUCAACGUCAUCAAACACAUCAUCAACCACUUGAAUUUGGGCCAGAACAACACGAUCAAGAAUCGCAAGAUGAAUGGUUCAACGAACGUUUGAAUCAAGAGCAAUGCAGACAACGCCGUGGUGGCUCACUACCGACAAUGGAUUAUAUGAACAGUGAAGCAGAAAAUAGCUCAGACAGUUUGUUUUGUUAAACAUUGUUGCAACGAAGGCUGUGCAUAUUUCUCAGACAUAAACCUCCCACACAUGCUCAUUCUACGAUCCUAGAUAUAAAUGAAUGUAUAAUGUAGUAAUUGCA